AUGCUUAAGCAAGUCCUGCUCCUCUCCCUGGCGACGACUGCCGCACUGGGUCUCCAGGAUGAUGCCCGGUCCCACGGUCAUCUAAGCAAGCGCUUCACCUUCCCUCUGCCCCAGUCCCAGGGCAGCGAGACCCUCAGCAAGCCCCAGGUCAUCGACGGAGAGGUCUUCGACGGCGGUAUGAAAACAUACGGUCGUGGUGUUUCCUGCACGGAAGGCGAAGGCGGCGAUAAUGACGCGGUAUUCUGGGUGCAGAAUGGCGGAACUCUCAAGAACGCCAUCAUCGGCGCCGACCAGCUCGAGGGCGUGCACUGCAUGGGUUCUUGCACUAUUGAGAACGUCUGGUGGGAGGCUGUUUGCGAGGACGCUCUCACCCUCAAAGAUGGCCAAGGUCCCUUCACCGUGAUCGGCGGUGGUGCCCAGAAGGCCCAAGACAAGGUUAUCCAACACAACUCCGGUGGCACCGUGAGUAUCUCCGGCUUUACCGUCUACAACUUCGGCAAGCUGUAUCGUUCCUGCGGAAACUGCAAGCAAAUGUUCGAGCGCCAUGUGAAAAUUGACGGCGUCACUGCCGUCGAGGGCAAAAACCUGGUUGGGAUCAACAGCAACUACGGCGAUACCGCGACCAUCGCGGGCGGCGUCUGUGCCAGCAAUGUGGAUGAGAUUUGUCAGGAGUUUGAGGGCAAUGAUACCGGCGCCGAGCCUUCUGCGGCCGGCAGCGGACCUAGUGAUCGUUGCAAGUAUUCCGAGCCUCUCCCUGCAUGCGCAUAA